AUGUCGUUACCCGGCGAGUGCUGUCCUGUCUGCGACGAAUCUUCUGUUGUAACACUGCCCCCAAACUGCCAAGCAUUCAACUGCACACUGAGAUGUGUCCACGGCUUCGUUCGAGACAAUGAGGGCUGCUUCACUUGUCAAUGUCAGCAAGACGAAUGCCGACUGGAGUGUCGACACGGCUACGUGAAGGACAAGCAGGGCAACAAGCUGUGCGAGUGCGCCGACCCGGGCGCAGGCGGCCACCAAUGCCCCAGCAUGGCCGGUUGCCGCAAGACGUGCGCCCAUGGCUUCAGGCGCAACAAGGCCGGCUGUCCCAUCUGCAAGUGCGACUCGUGCAAGCCACUCGACGACUGCGUCAAGACGUGUGCGCACGGAUUCGCCAACAACACCAACGGCUGUCCUGUCUGCAAGUGCUUGCCAUCACCGGAUUCCAGUAUACAGAGUACUGCAGUAAACGCAGAGGGAAAGUCGUACUGUUUUCAUCUUGAGGACGACACGGUGCAUGAGGACGGCGAGGUGUGGUUCGACGGCUGCCGACAUUGCUACUGCCGCGAUGGCACUGAACUAUGCUCCCCCCUCCUCUGCCCGCCCCUCAACUGCUCCACGCACCUCCUCAACACAACCGGCUGCUGUCCCACCUGUCCAGGCGAAGAGGUGUCUUUGAAGAAGCACGUGGUGUGUGGAGAGGGAGGCCAUGUGGAGGGAGAUGAGUGGCACCUGGGCGCAGGCGUGGAUUGCCUCUGCCAGGACGGGCGCACCUAUUGCCAUGCGCCUGAAUGCCCGCCUGCGCCCUGCGACUAUCAGGCGCUACAAACCUCCGAUUUCGGAUGCGCGCACUGCUCCACAAACGCGUCGCUCAAGUUAACGAAAACAUGCGCGUUGCACCCGACUGAGGCGGUGUGGCGGGAGAGCGCGUGCGUGAGCUGUGCGUGCAACAAUGGUCGACCAAUCUGCUUCGAGGAGACGUGCACCAAUGCAGCGAGGCACUGCAAGCAUUUGCUGCACAUCAAGGGCCGCUGCUGCCCCGUCUGCCUCGACGCAGAUCUCCCCACAGCAGCACCAACCACAAUGCAGACAUUGACGCCCAAUCAGGCAGGCUGCAAGGUUACGGCCGGUAACGGCACCGCAACACUCUAUAAUCCAGGAGAGGUGUGGGCCAUCAGCGAUUGCGUCAGGUGUGAGUGCUUGGAUGUGGGUCAGACGCUGUGCACCAAAGAGGUUUGCCCGUUCUCGUGCGCCGGCGCUGUCAAAACGCCAGGCAAAUGCUGUCCUGUGUGUCCCACCAAUUCAGAAGGAGGCUCGAUGAAAGACGGCAGCCGAGGCGCUGUUUUCAUAGUGGUCGUGUCGCUGAUUGCGUGCACAAUGCUGGUGCUGGUCUACCUGGUUGGCCGACAGUGUCGGAUGCGCCGACAAGUCAAGUUGUCCGCCUACGGUUGUCCGCCCCCGCAGUACCACCAGUACAAGAUUGUCACCGCCUUUGAAGCCGCGCAGGCGCCCAGCAUACGCACCACCGACAAAUCGGCGCUCUCUCCGGUCUAAAUGACUAUUUACAAAUUUGGCGCGCUAUUCUCUCAUUGGCUGGCUGCUUGCCGCUCUGUCGCCAAUCGCAACUAACUGACGCUCGGUCGAAAUCACGGCGUGAAGAGAAACACACAUAACUAUACAGCAAAGUCUAUAGAUAUAUCUAUAUUUAUAUAUAGAUGUAGCUAUAGAUUUAUAUAGUACCUAUAUUAUCUGUGGUAGAAGAAUGUGAAAACAUAUAAUUCAGAUGUGAUACAGAUACACAAUGUAAUACACGUAAUAUUCAGCAAACGGUAAAGAAAAUAUAGCAGAUUGAUGUUCUAUCUAUGGUAGAAGAAUAUAUUUAUAUUGUGGUCAAAAUACAGAUAAAUUAUACCAAAUGCUGAAAAAUAUAUAGGAAACUGCUGUAUUAUCUGUAGUAGAAGAAUGUAUUUAUUCUGUGGUCAAAAUACAGAUAAUAUAUAGCAAAUUCUGAAGAAAAUGAAGCAGAUCGCUACUGUAUUAUCUGUGGUAGUGAAAGGUAUUCACACUGUCGUCAAAAUACAUAUAUAUAUAUAAAGCUAAUGCUAACAUAUAGCAGAUUGUUGUAUUAAUUGUGGUAUAAGAAUCUAUUAUACUGUGGUCGAGAUAAUGUUGUGAUGAACCGUUUUGGUUGUUUGACUUAUAUAAAACUGACAACAUCCUGUUCUUCCGUGUUUUUACUAGAUGUAAUAUCUUAUAUCGACUCGUCUGGUUCAGUGUUUUUCAAGUGUUAGAAAUAUAUUUGAUAUGAUGAUGGAGUUUUCACUAUCUUAUUUUUCAAAUUCACGAGCCAAAUAUUUUGCUUCAUUGCAAACAAAAAUCAUAGUCAAAUAAUGAUCUUAAUUGGGAUUGCAAAAAAGUCUAGCUAGAGCAAGGAUAUCCCCAAAAACCGAUCAAUACAAAGUAUAAUAGUAUGACUCUGAUGAAUUAUGUGAAUGAUUCAGAAUAAUUCGUCGAGAGUGCAAGUUUUAUAGUAAAGUAAUUCUUGAGAAUCGUCUUUAACAAAUAAAGUUUUAUCCUCAAAUAGAAUAUUUGGCUAAUGGGAUUGAGCCAGAUUUGAUAAAACAACUGAAAUGUGAAUUUGAAGAUGCCAUAAUAUAAGUGAAUACUCCAAAAUUUAUAAAAGAAAUAUUUUUAAAAUAAUUAACGACUAGGAAUAAAAUACAACAUUAUUCUGACUCCAGGCGAUAGUCAGUGGAUGCGUUUGAAUCGUUGUAUUUACGUUAUGAGAUAGUUGAUUUUUUUAGCUAAAUUCUGAAGCUACAAUAAACUGGUAGAUAUUUAUUGAGAUUUAAGGAGAAAUCCAGUGGGUAUUUAAGUUGAUGAAUGUUCAGAUUGAUAAUAAAAAUAAUAGUAGGCUAAUGAUUUUAAUUUUUAUCGAAUUAUCAUAGUAAGUGUCAUAGCUACUUUCUUUCCAUAGAAUAUUAAUAAUGUAAUCAAUUUGACUUAAAUCCAUAUCCUAUUAUUAUAAUGUGCAUCCACUGAUUACUAUUGUUAAGCCUGGAUAAUGUUGUUUUGUGUGGGAGAUAAUGUCAUACUUUUGUUGUUGAUGCUAUAAAUUAUCACUUUUGUAUUGGAAAUGAAGGUUGGUUCUAUAAUAUAUAGUAUUAUGUAUUAUGUUGUAUUAUGUUAUCCUCUCCUUCAUCAAAAUGUUCUUAAAAUAAUGGAUAAGUGAUACUUUUUUGCAUAUUUAUUAGUUCAAAACUGAAAUUAACAAACAAUUUGAACAAAUAAAGCAUUCUUAGCAUCAAUUUUGUUAUAAUAAUUCAUAAUUUAAUUUCUGUUUCACUUGAUGCAUCAUUAGUUGUUAAUAUAUGAUCAAAAAACAUUUUGCACAAACCUUUUGCACAGUGUGUGAGUGGGAUACUAAUUGACGACAAGAGCACAUGAGCUCUAGGCUUGUGCGUGGGCAAUUCGACGGAUGAUGAGAGUUCAGAAAUGUGCAACUCGUGAAAAAAAUAAUCCACACUUGGACUUUCCAUUUGAAAUGGUUUCUUCUGAUGAUUGCAGCUAUUACAGUGAUGGCUUUGUAAAAGUUGCUGAUCGUAAAUUGUAAUGAUGUUUUCGAAUGACUGUAUCAAGUUAAUGUUAUUAUGGAUGUCGUGUUCUUAUAUUGAAAUAAAUCAACACGAGAAUCAUAUUCCUUCUAAUUCAAUAUUUGUCUUAUGGUUGAGUGUGUCUACUUAUACCUUGUACAUAAUCAAGAUGUAUAAUCAAUUUUAUUGGAGUUUGUGCAUAAUCACAACAUUUCGUUUGUUGAUAUACGAAUAUCAUUGAAACGAAUACAAGACAAGGGAAAGAAUCAAUUUGAUUGGCUGUGAAUAAUUUUUGAAAAGCUCUUGUACUCUAUUAUGUAACUGUUUCCAUUGUACUAGAAUAAUUCGAAGAACAAUUUCUGAGAAUUUUAUUGCUUAUUUCGUCUGAUGAUUUUCAUUGCAUUCUAUCUUAUGUUCUUCCAUUAAUAAAAUGAUGGAAUGAUUGUCAUUAAAAUCGUCGAUUUCAAUCUACUAAUUCAAUAGACUUAACUGACUUAUUUAUUAUAUUAUUGAUUAUUAUUAUUUUACACUGAAGAAUAUUAGACUCUGACUGGAACUGUGUACCAAUUUACCAUAAAAGUAGUUUAUUGGAAUACAUUUUUAAAACUUUUCAAAACCAGGUAAACUAUCAUAUUCAAAUAAGGGCGAAUAAUACUAUUAAGAGAGUAAAUUCUUUUCAACGACCUUGCAAAAUCUAUCUUAAAGUUUCUGAUAGAGAAAUAGUAUUUUGUAAUUAUUUGACUUUUGAAUUGAGUAUUAAAUACCUAAAAAAAAUAUUCUUAAAUUGAAUUCCAGGAAUCAUAUUCAAUUGAAACCCUUCAAUGUAUUCUAUUGUAUGUAAUCUAUCAAUUACAUUCAGUAACUUACCGUAUGAGUGUGAAAUUAAAAAUUCUUAGAAUCGGAUUUGUUUCUAUUAAAUGUUUUUUUUUUAAUUUAGAAAAUUUGCAGCAAUGAUAAUAAUUUUGUUUUGCGAAUAUAGAUUGAAUUUUUGAAUCAUUAGAAACUUUUGGUGGUGAUACUUUACAGUAUUUUAGAAGUUCAUUUCUACUUGAUAAAGUUACUUUAAUUUUUGAAAAGUGUAUUUAUCCAAUACAGUAUUCAACUCAUAGAGGAAGUAAUAAAACUAUAAUAAUAUUGAUAAAUUGUAUUUUAUAAGGUACACUGCAAUCAAUAAUCCAUAAAUUGACUAGAAAAAAUUCAAAUGCAUAAUGACUCCCUUAAAAAUCAAAAUCUGAGAAAACUUUGAAGUCUUCAAGAAGAGCAAAAUUCGUUAGAUUGGAAUAAUAAAUUGUGUUGUUAAAAUUGAGAAUUUACUAUAAACCACUAAAUUUUGUAGAUUUUUAUUUCAAUCUAUCUUAUGGGUGUUAUUAGAAUCUGUAUGACAAUAUUACAAUUUAGAUAGCCUAGUCUGGGUGGAAUGUUCUACUGUAAAUAAUUAUUUUAUGGUUUUUAAUAUUUUUCCGUUUCAUAUUUUAUUACAGUUGUUAGAUUCAGAACUUGAUUGUUGUAAUGGAAUGAGAGCAUAGAUUGAUCAGCCAUCAUCGUUCUUCCUCCUCCUCAUACAUAUUCGAUAUAAAAAUAUAUUGUACAUAUUUCUUGGUGUGUUAGUUAUUACUGUUUAUACGUAUUAUUCUGAGAUUACAGAACAAAAAUGGUAUAUCAUGCAUUCUCUGUGAUCGAUGGUUUAGUAAAUAGUACACAAUCUGCGAACAUUAUGAGUAUUGAGUGUCACUCAUAAGUUGAUGUAAAUAUGGUUAUUAUCUUGCGUCAAAACAUUUAAACUAAGAAUUGUUGACGUUUUUAGUAUGUAAAUAAUAAUUAUAUUUUUUGUAUCAUUCUUAUAAGUAAUAUGUUUUUGAUUUAUCAAUACAUGAUUUUAUGAUUAAUAUCUGUAUGUUUUGAAUCUUACCCUACGCAAUAUAACUCUUAUAUUCUGUGUAUUGUAAAUUUGUAUAUAGUGAUGAUGCAUAAAUUGAUUGUAUUUUCUGAAAUGUUGAUUAUAUUUAUAUAAAAGAACGCAUUACGGAAGUAUGUAGCUGUAUAUAAUUUAUUAAUCAAUAAUAUUAUUAUUACGGUAACUAUUAUUGGAAUAAUAAUAAAUCUUGGUUGUACAGUUAUUUGAAUAAGUUUGUCUAAACACUAAUAGAGUUUGUGUUUGUAAUAAAGUGAACUAUUUGGCAAUUUGUAAA